CGUCGCUCCGUCGGCUUUCAUCCGGUUCUCCUCCGGUUCUCCUCCUGUUCCUUCAUGUGUUCGUUGGAUUUUUGACGGCGGAUAAGCCGUCAGGUAAGCAGAUAAGUCUGCACUUACCGGGGGACCGGAGAAUCCCACAUUGAUGGAGGUACAGUGAACCGUUUCCAACAAAGUCGGAGCUCAGCUUGUUUCAGGGUAAGACAGAAAAACUGACGUGGAUUUCAUCAGCGACACUUUGAUCCGUUAAAUCUGUCUUUCAUCACUGGACCACAAAACACGGGAGAGACCGACGUCCCGGGACCGACCGGAGGCGCGCGGGAGGUGUAAGGGGUAGAUUCCUGUGGCGUGGGAUGGAGGAGGCGGAGCAGAACCGCUACGUGGCCCAAUUAAAGGUUGAGUUUGACAGCUGUGAUACCACAGCAACAGGUUACCUGGACCAGGACGAGUUGACCACUCUGUGUCAUAAACUGCACCUAGAUGCUCACCUACCCCUCCUACUGGACACCCUGCUUGGAGAACAGCGCAAUGCACGGGUGAACUUUGAGGAGUUUAAGGAGGGCUUUGUGUCUGUCUUGUCUCGCUCUCUGGACAUCAGCACAUCAGAGGAGGACAGCAGCUACAUGGAACCAGUUGUUCCAGAGGAGGUGAAGCCCAAAUUUGUCAAAGGAACCAAACGCUACGGCCGGAGGUCGCGACCUGACAGCCAACCAGAGCUGCAGCUAAGCAGUGCCUCAGACGAGCCGCCCUUCAGAACCAAUCAGGACUCGCCGCUUCCUGGUGUACGCAGAGCCAAACUACGCCGAUCCACAUCUCUAGAGAGCGUGGAGAGCUUGAAGUCUGAUGAAGAGACAGGAAGUCAGAAGGGGAACAUCCUGUCAGAUCUGGAUGUACGAGGCCAGCAGGUGUGUUGGAAGGAGGAGAUUUCUGACCCUCCAGAAAAGGUGAUUGCAGGGCAGAUGAAGGAAAUGUGGGACGAGCUGGGAGGAGGAGGAGGAGGAGGAGGAGGAGGCAUAAGAAAAGGAGGAGAGGUCUCUCUCGUGUGUGAACAUCUUGGACUGCAACAUCUGGACUCGCAGGAACUGGAGGCUCUCUUGAGAAAGUCUGACGCUGACUGGGACGGCAGGGUCGGCCUCCGGAAGAUUCUUUGUGGGGCGGAACCUGUUGGUCCCUCCCCCAUCUCCUCCUCCACUCCCGUAAGACCCUCUGUUACCCAGCGGGGGGCACAGAAGGUGGAAGAGGGGAGGCUGGUGCGCUCUACGUCACCCUCGCUUCUCUCUGCCACGGUGGGCCAGCGCCUUCUCAGCCAGCUAGACGAUGGGACGGGGAGCACCAGCCCUGAGCAGGUCAUCACCCUCUGGAGCGAGGAAGGCAUUCACAACAGCAGAAAUGUCCUACAGACUCUGGAUUUCUCUCUAGAGGAGAAGUUGAGUCUGGUUGAUCUGACUCUUGCUCUGGAUAAUGAGCUGCUGGUCAGCGGGAAUGGAAUCCAUCAGGCUGCCCUCAUCUCCUACAAGAAUGAGAUCCAGUAUCUCCAGUUGCAGGCUGAACAGGCCAGCCGGGAGAGGGAUAAGGUGAAGACGGACUUGGACCGAGCCGACCGCAGAAACCUGCAGUUGGUCAGAGAGGUGGACGACCACCACACUACCAUGGAAACACUCAACCAGACCAAGAUCAGGGAACUGGAGCAGGAGUUCCGUGAUAGGCUGACGGCCCUGCGGAGCGAGUCAGAGCUGGAGAGUGAGGUGCUGCUGCAGCAGGCAGAGAGAGAUCGAGUCAAACUGCAGGAGGAGGUGAAGCUGCUGCGUCUGCAGGAGGUCAGCCUGCAGGGGGAGCUGUGCUGCAGCAAACAGGAGAAAAGAUGUCUGGAGGAGGAGGUAACUCAGGUGAAGAUGAAGUUGUGUGAAGCAGAAACUUGUGUGUCCAGACUGCAGAGGGAACUGGACCAGCUGCUACAGGACAAGUAUGGUAGCUUGGAUCCUGCCAGCGCUGGUCUGAAACAGGAAGAACACUUCUCCAAAGUCAUCAGAGAAUAUGAACACCAGUGCAGGGAGCUGCAGGACAAGAAUGACGAGUUGAGUUCAGAGUUGUUGAAAAGCCUGGCUGGCUCCAGGAAGUCCAGACGCUCCUCAGCGUUGGACUGGUCGUCCUGCCGCUCCCUCACUAUCGAGUCAGACUCUGACGAUACAGACCUGAAGAGAGGCUCAUCUCCUCUCAGCAGCAGGAAACCACCGCUGUCACAUGAUCAAAACAAUCUGGGUUCUUUGGAAAGUCUUGGUGGUCCAGCCAUUAGCAUUGAAACAGAACUUGCUAUGGAGCAGCUCAGACAGAAACACAGCCAGGAGAUCCAGGACCUUAAAAUCCAACUGGAGACGAAGGUGAAUUUCUAUGAGCGCAGUCUGGAGCUGAUGAAACAGAACAUGGAGAUUGAACGUAAAGACAUCUGUCAGAGUUUUAAGCUGGAGAUCAGCGAGCUGGAGGAGCAGAGGACACAGGCGGAGGAGACGCUCAGAGAACUCGAGGAGAAACUACAGAAAGAGAUCCAGAAGAAGAACGUUGACCAGGAGUGGAGGGUCCAGAGAGAACAGGUGGAGAUGGAGCAGAACUUUGCGUUGGAGAUCAGUCACCUCGUCCAGAGGCUCACCUCAGAGAAAGACCAGCUGGAGGCAGAGCUUAAACUGAAGAUGGACCAGGAAGUAAUGUCAGUCAGGGUAGAGAUGGAAGAGCAGAUAUCCCAGAUGAAACUCCAACACAUGGAGGCCCAUCAAUGCCUCCUCCACCAGCUCCACCAGGGCCGGUGGCAGCUGGAGGAGAACCAGAGCGAAAAACUCCAGAAUGAGGAGAGGCUGUGCAAUGAGAGGAGAAAGAUGAAGGAGUGUAACAUGGGGGAAGUCUGCAAACUAAAGGAAGGCAUCUCCAGUUUACAGGAAGCAUUGAUGAGAACCCAGGACACAGAAGAAGAGUCUUGUCAGAGAUGCAGCGAAUCAGAAGCCGAGUUAGAACAGGUGAGGUCACAGAGUGGUCGGUUGGAGUCGGAGCUACGAGACUGUCCGACACAUUGCACUGAGCUGGAGGUCAAACUGGAGGCGAACCUAAACAUCCUGGAGUCUCAGAGGGUUUUUAAUCAGCGCCUCUCCUCUGAUAAGUGUUUAUUAGAGGAGGAAGUGGUGGUGUUGAGGAGCAGAGAGGAGGUGCUCCAUGUUGAGAUGUCUCAGCUGAGACAGGAACUGAAGCAGCAGAAGGAGGAGUCUGAAAACAGUAGCUGGCUUUCCAAUGGUGUCAUCCAGCAGGAGACCAAACUAAGAACCAAAGAACAGACGGCAGAUGGUGUGAGACCAGAGCUGGAUGUCAUGAGGAGCAACACAAAGCAUGACUCCACACUCACCUCCGAACUGGUCUCACUGCGGACAGACCGAGCCAGGCUGGUUCAGGACCUGAAGGACCAGGCCAUGGUGGUCGACAUGUUGCAACUGGAGCUUGACAGCAUCACAGAGGAGGUUGUAAAGAGGAGGAGUGCUGAGGAGUGUCUACAGGUGGCUCUGAAGGAGGAGCAAGCCAGCAGGGCAGAGCUGCAGUCCUCCCUGGAUGAGAAGGAUGAGAGGAUUAUCUGCCUGAGUCAGGAGAGGAGCUGUUACGUCCGCAUGGCUGACCAGCUUUCCACACAGAUCGUUGAGAUGGAGGCCGAAAUCUGCAACCUGCAAGAUCACAUCCGGUCACAGAGUGUCCAGCUGGACCACAUGCCGGAUCUCCUGCAUGAGCUCCAAGAGCAGCUGGAAACCAAAAGCAGCGAGGUGGAGCGCCUUCGGUUGGAGCUGACAGACAGCGCUGAACUUCUGAAUCAAGCUGAGGUCCGCUCAGAAGAGGUGACCUCCCGUUUAGAAAUGAAGGAGAAGGAAUUGUGUCUGGUCAUGGAGGAGGCCGAAAAACACUUGGCAGAGCUCCAGCAGGCCUUGAGGGAGACCCGGGCAGAGUUGCAGAGGGUGGAGGAGGCCUAUGAGGGGGAGAAGAGUAAGAUGAAGGAGCAUCUGAUGGAGAUGGAGAAGCUGGUCAUCACUCUGGAGAUGGUGAUGGACCCGGCGAGUCCUCACAGGACUCAGCUGGAGGAGGCUCAAGCUGAGAAAGGUGUGCUAAAGGAGAAACUCGCUGUUCUGCAACAGGAAAUCCAGCGGCUUGAAGAGGACCUCGCCAAAAAGAAAAAAAACCUGGACGAGAUGGAGCGCCAACAUGAGAAGAGUAGAGAAGAAGAAGAACGGCUGUAUAAAGAGAACUCCAAAUACAGAAAUGAAGUUCUGGACCUAAGCAACCGCAACCUGCAGCUGAGCAAUGAGAACUCAGAGCUGAGUGCUCAUCUCCAUGGUGACCAGGAGGCGGUGCUGAUGCUGAGGGAGCGCUUAGAGACAGUCUCAAGGGAGCAGGAGGAGCAAGACGCCAAGGUGAGGCAGCUGCAGGAGUUGCUUGCCAAGCAGGAGAGAGAGAACCUGCAUCUGCAGAAAGAGAGGGAACUGAUGGAGAGAGAGAUGAAUGUCUGUAAGGAGAAGCUGGAGUCCAAGCUUAGUGCUGUCGCUCUGAAGCAGCAGCGAACUGAAGAGGAAAACUCUCGACUGGUCUUGCAGACCAAGAAGAGAGACCAGCAGGUGGAGAAGCUAGAGGGGUCGCUGUGUUCUAUGGACUCAGAGGUGGAGCAGCUUCGCACUCAGCUCCACGCUGUCAUUCAGGAGAAGGACCAUCACGCCCAGGAAGUGGCCAGCCAACAGAGGAACUUACAGGAAGCCCAGGAAAAGGUUGAGGAAUUGGAGGCCAACAUGAGGAGGCUGAACAGGGAGAAGGAGGCACAGAGCAGCGCUGCCCUGCAGGAGGACCGUCAUAACCUUCACCUGCAGAGCCAUGAGCUCCUACAGAAGAUGUCUGAGAUGGAGAAUCUGAACCAGCAGAUGGAGAACCUGACAACCAAACAGUACCAAAUGGAGACAGACAGAAACCGGCUGGAGGAACAGGCUCAGAAAGCGGAAUCGGCGCUGAAACUGGUCCAGGCCCGGCACAGCCGUGUGCUAGAAGAGGUCAGGGAGCAGGCAGUGGUCGGGUCCAGGGAGCAGCGGGAGGUCCUGCUGGCACGGCUUGAGGAGGAGCAGAAGAGGAGCCGACAGCUGGAGGAAAACCUGCAGCUCCAAACCCAGACGGCUGGCACACAACUGAGCCUGCAGCAGGAGCAAUAUGAGAAGGUGCUGGUCAGUUUGCAGCACAGGGUGGAAGAGGUAGAGACUAAACUGCAGGCUGUCCGUCUGGUGCUGCAGGAGAAAAUCCAACAACUCAAAGAACAGCUUUCUAAAAACACCAAGUCCAACAUGUUGGUGAAGGAGCUCUAUAUGGAGAACUCACAGCUGGUGAAGGCACUGCAGGUCACUGAGCAGCGGCAGAAAACGGCAGAGAAAAAGAACUUGCAGCUGGAGGAGAAGAUCAUGGCCCUCAACAAACUGCUGCGGGAGAUUGUCCCCACAUCGCUCGUCACGUAGACAUCCUGUUUCACAAAUUCACCUGAAAAACACCGAGUGACCUCUAACCUUUCUCUUGUCCUGUGGAUGCCAUCACAUCAUGGAAGGAUAGAUGGAUGGAUGGAUGGAUGAUGGUUAUACUCUGAAAGAUGAACUGGGACACAGGUGUCAGUCUGGAAUUUGACAGAUCCUCAUCUGUUUUAAAGAUUAAACCAGUUGUGAAAUCCAAACAGUUGAAGGUUAAUUCUGAGGUUUAUUAGACUGAAAAUGGCCGAAAAAUACUUUUGUUAUGAAUGUUUUGUUGAACAAGCUUCAAGAAAACUCAAAAGGCAAUCCACUUUAUUCUGAAAUUGAUGCAAAGAUCUGGUCACACAGAAAUCUGCAUGUAAAUGAAGGCAACUGGCUCACAGAUUUUAGCCAUGAAGGUGUUAACUCUUACUUUUGAUUUUAUGUGAAUAAAAUGUUUAUUUUUCGUAUUUUUCAGAUGAAGACAUUUUAUUUUAAUGAAGGUGAAAUUUGUCUUUAUUGCACUCAGUGCAGAUAAACACAACAGAUGCUGCUUCCUCUUCUGUUUGGUUUUUGUAAUUCAGCUUCCUUUAAAGGGGAAUGCCGCCCAAACUUACAUUCACAUUCUGAAAUUUUCUAUAAAAAUAUUUUUUUCUGUCUCAUGACUAAUGACCUCUGAAGAACAAUGUCACCACAUCAAAUUGAAAUUGAAGAAAAUUUUACUUUGGUUUUGAUGCGUCAAACCUCAAAUUUGACCCAUUUGAUAAAACAGGAAUUGUUUUCUACCAGAAAUUCCAGUGACCAUUCAUCUGAGAAUCCAUCUGUCAUAAAU